CACUCCGCCCAUCACUAACAAUUGGGAAAUAUGUGCGUUUCACGCUCAGGAAAAUCCCAAAAGGAAACGGGAGACUAUUAAAGCAAACACUCGGAGUCGGAGCAGCAGUUCAGUAUCGAAGCGGCUGUCAGACAGGUGGUGUCGUAACAAAGCUUUCAGAAUGGCAUACGAAUCCAGCAGUAGCGAGUGCCUCUCCAUGAUGCAAACCAACACUACCCAUUUCGACCUGGAUCUGGAAUGUCCUUUUAAGUCCCAGAUUAAAUAUACAACAAUGCAACAGUUGGUCUCCCUGGUCAUCACUGUGGGAAAGCUAAAAUCCUACAGAAGGAUGAUCACCAAACCGUUCAGCGACACAGAUUUAGUCAGCUUUCUCGUGGAUCAGGAUAUUAUAGAGGAGAAAGUAGUCCAGGAAGUCACCAGCAGCAACCCCUUUGAGAGUGAAAGCAUCUUUUCCCAAACCCAGAGCAACAUUCUGCACUCCAUCAGGGACUUGGAGCAGAAAUGCUGGGUGCUCCGGCAGUUCUCUAACCAUUCUGACCUGAUAGCUGUGACUCUGCAGGGCCCCAACCUCAAGCGUGAAGUUAAACUGAAUCUCUCCACUUACCGGCUUGUAAAUCCUUCAAAGAUGCAGCCUGUCAUUUUAGGAAUCUCAGGUACAAAGCUGUACUUGUCAUGCGCUAAAUCUGCGGACACCCCUGUACUGCAGCUGGAGGAGGUAGAUGACAGCAGUCAGCUGCAGACCAUUGACUCUGAUUCUGACAUGGUUCGCUUUCUUUUCUACAAGCAAGAGAGUGGCUCGACCACACAAUUUGAGUCAGCCCUUUGUGAAAGCUGGUACAUUAGCACAGAUUUUGAUGAGCGGAAGGAGGUGACGCUAUGCCACAUGGAAAACCAAGUGCAAGAACGCAACACUAGGUUCCUGCUGUUUCGUUAAGAAAUCUCCCCACAAAAGGAAUCCACCUCUUUAAGAAACCAGCUCCUGGUUUAUAAAUAAAAACUAAAUCAAAGUAUGUACAAAGUACAACAUUUUAAAGAAAAAUGAAUGUAACUGCACUUUUGUAUAUGUGCCUGUCAGGUAGGGUGCUCAGGUAGCAAAGGAAAAUUCUAAUAAAUCCCUCCAUUAAAUGAAAGAACUGACAGACUUAGACGGGCACAUAUCAUAGAGUGAUCCUUUAGUGUUCUACUUUUUUGAAAGUAGCAUCAAGGUCUUCUAUUUUGUGAUUUAUUUUUAUAUGACUUAUUUAUUAUCUUUGGUUUACUUGCUUGCAAGCCAAUAUUUGUAGUGUAUUUAAUUUCACACAUUCUUUUUUCUCCUGGAACAAAUCUGUCUUAUUUAAACGUUUUAUUUAUGAAUAUCUUGUACUGUAUAGCACUGUUUAUUUUGACAUGUUCAAGUAGAGAGGCAGUACAGUCAAAGAUUCGGGUUUCUUCUUUACAAUGAGAACUGUGUGUGCAACUGUUCAUUUGUUUUUAUAAUUGUGUGCGUAUUAU